AUGUUUCGCGGGCUCAGCAAAGGGGGGUUCUUGUCUCCCACUGGAUCUUGCAAGACAUUUGAUGAUGAGGCAGAUGGGUACUGCAGAGGGGAAGCCGUGGGUGUCGUCAUUCUAAAGCCGCUGCAUAAAGCAAUAGCCGACAAUGAUAUAAUCUACGGCACUGUCAAAGGUAUAGCUACAAACCACUCGGCAGAGGCGAUAUCCAUCACACAUCCGCAUCAAGGUGCUCAGGAGCAACUCUUGUCGACAGUGCUUAGCAAGUCUGGUCUCUCGCCGUCUUCCGUCGACUAUGUGGAAUUGCAUGGCACAGGAACCCAGGCAGGAGAUUCCAUCGAGGUAGCCUCAGUAGCAAGUACGUUUGGCAGCUGCUUGCAAUCGGAGCGACCCCUUUAUAUCGGCGCAGUGAAAGCCAACCUUGGACAUAGUGAAGCUGCUGCCGGAAUUACAUCGUUGAUCAAGGCGUUAAUGAUGUUUCAACGAAACAAAAUUCCUCCUCAUGUCGGCAUCAAAAGCCGACUAAAUAAUAAGCUCAACUACAUUGACGGGAUGAACAUUCGCAUUCCAGAAUCAAACGUAGAAUUUGAAUCUCGAUCUGGCCAAGGGAGGCGACGGAUUAUGGUCAACAACUUCAAUGCAACAGGAGGAAACACAAGUCUACUGUUGGAGGAAUAUCCAAAGAUUUCAAAAUCAAACACGCAGUCUCAUUCGUCCUUUCCAGUGGUACUCUCCGCCAAGAGCUUGAAGUCUUUGAAUGGGAAUAAAACCAGGUUAUUGCAUUACCUCCAAGAAAAUGAGGAUCACAUUUCUCUGCUUGAUCUCUCGUACACAACGACGUCCAGGCGCCUGCAUCAUCCGUUCCGAGCAUCGUACUCUGCCACAAGCAUUAAACACUUGAUGCAGCAGGUUGCUGAAGAUAAUUCCGAGGCUCAAAACAAUCGUCAUCCUCCCAAUAUUGUUUUCAGCUUUGCUGGCCAAGGCACAGACAUUCGGGGAAUCGCUAAAGCACUAUUCGCUUCCUGUGUCGACUUUCGCAAUUCUCUGAUAUCCUACAACAAUAUUUCCACGGGGCUCGGCUUUCCGUGUUUCCUGGAAUACUUGACGGAAGAGGACAAAAGCAGCCCGGUAUUGCCAGUGGUUGAGCAACUAUCAUUGGUCGCAUUUGAAAUCGCAAUGGCAGAGCUCUGGAUAAGCUGGGGAAUCACUCCAAGCGUGGUGGUAGGCCAUAGUCUGGGUGAAUACUCAGCGCUCUGUGUCGCGGGAGCGCUUUCCGUUGCCGACACUAUCUUCCUUGUGGGGAUGCGGGCAGAACUUAUGCAGGCGAAGUGCUCCACGAACACCCAUGCUAUGCUUAUCACGUCCUUGUCCUUGGAAAAGGCCCAAGAAUACUGCGCUUCAUUUGCAUCGUGUGAAAUUUCUUGUAUCAACGGGCCAAUCUCUACGGUUAUCAGUGGACUUCAGGCAGAUCUCAAAGAUUUGCAAUGCAGCCUGGACAAAGAAGGCAUCCAAGCGAAGUUCUUGGCGGUUCCUUAUGCCUUUCAUUCCGCUCAGAUGGAUCCAAUUCUCCUACCCCUGCAAGAAGUUAUCACGUCUGUAUCUUUCUCUCGGCUUGCAGUCCCUGUACUAUCUUCGCUGCUCGGGAAAGUGAUUGAGGCAGGAAAUCUGAUUGAGCCCGACUAUCUUAUGCAUCAUGUGAGGCGGCCAGUCAAUUUCGCUGGGGCUGUGCAAAGCUUACAGCAUGAUCAAAGACAUAUUUGGCUUGAAUGUGGGCCUGGGUCUGGAUGCCAGGUUAUGAUCAAAACUUCAACGAACACUUGCCACACAAACUUCAUGUCAAGUCUUAAAAGGGGAACUGAUUGUUGGAAGUCGCUCUCGGAAAGCCUUGCCACAUUCUAUCGGAUAGGAAAAGAGAUCCGAUGGUCCGCAUUCUAUCAGGGGUGGGAACCGAAUCUCCAAUUACUGGACUUGCCCACUUACGCCUUUGAUACGCAAGAUUUUUACAUUGAUCUCAAAGAUGCCGAGGUUCAGGGCACGUUCAAAAAGGAAGGAUUCCAGAAGCCUCUAAGCACUUGUGUUCAAUUUGUGGAGCAGGAAAAGAUUGAUCCCCGUGGAGAUUCGACAAUGCUAUUCGUGUCGGAUCCAAAACAGGAACAGCUGUUGGCAGCUAUUGAGGGUCAUUGUGUUCAUGGCUACAAUCUUUGCCCCAGUUCAGUGUACGUCGACAUGUCUGUGACAUCGGCUAGGCUGCUCUAUUGCAACAGAAACAAAGUGGAAGCUGGGUCUGCCAUUGAGGUGACCGACAUCGACAUCUUCCGGCCGUUGGUCGUCUCGUCUUCUGGUCCCGAUAUGCAGAUCUCAGUUCAGUCUCGCAUCUCACUGGGCUGUGACGCAGUACAUGUAUCUAUCGGAUCUCAGGAAAUAGAGGGAAAUCCUGUCAGUCACUCUACUUGCAAGGUGCAGUUUGGAGAUUGUGAAGGAUGGGAGCGUGAAUGGUCUCGCUACGCAGACAUUAUUUCAGAACGAAUGAAACUGCUGGCGAACAUGGAAAAAAGCCAGGAUAUUUGUCGCAUUCCCGGCAAAGUACUUUACAAGAUAUUUGCGUCUAUUGUUGAUUACGAUGAAAAGUACCACAGCAUCACGGAUAUUUUCAUUGACUGUCAGCGCAAUGAGGCUUGCGGCACAAUACAUCUUCCAGCCGCGUCAGAUCACGGGCAAUUUACGUUUUCGCCGUAUGCCAUUGAUGGGAUUAUUCACUUCGCUGGGUUCUUGCUGAAUAAUGGCUUCAGCGGGACAACGGACACAGCCUACAUUUCAAGCGGCUGGGAAAAUCUUCGACUUCUUCAGCAUCGCCUUACGGCAAAACCUUAUGGAAUCUACUCUCGUAUGAAGGAAUCUAAGAAGAAAGGCAUGUGGAUUGGUGAUGUUUAUCUUCUUGACGGAGAAGAAAUUGUUGCCACCUGCUUUGGUCUCAAAUUCCAACAGAUCAAGCUCAACCUCUUACAUCGCCUUCUUGGAGGCUCUGUGGGUGCGAAGCUCAGAGCAAAAUCCGAGGGCCUGGAUUCCAACGUGUCAAAAAUCACAUAUCCUCCAAAGUUAGCUACGAGUUCCUCUGAUGACAUGUUCCUCCGGGUGGCCAAAAUAAUUGCAGAGGAAGUUGGAAUGGAUACGUCUACGAUCCCGGAGGAAGCACGCUUUGACGAACUUGGCAUUGAUUCCCUCCUCACAGUGUCGAUUACGAGCAGCAUUCAAAACAAGACCGGUCUUCCGAUUCCCGCAACUCUUUUUGAUGGUGAUUCCACUUUGUCCCAGCUCCGAGCGCAUCUUAUGCUGUUGGAAUCAUCAUCCAGUUCCGGAGAUAGCACCCCAGCGCUGGAUGAUACUACCCCAACAACAUCCUCAUCAACUUCUGGAUCAUCCAUUGGUGGAUCUAAUGCGACAAUUUCUGAAUUUGAAAUGAUGUUAAAUGCCAUAGUUGAGGAAACUGGAUGCGAAAUGUCCGAUUUGCAGCAUGAUACUGAGUUCAAGGACCUGGGAGUAGACUCAUUGAUGUCCAUGGGUAUCCUGGCAAGUUUUCAAAAUAUGACUGGAAAGGGGCUGCCAUCCUCGGUAUUCAGUGACCAUCCGACAGUCAGUUCCAUGUGCGAAAUGUUGAACGGCUCGGCUCCUAAGCCCACCCUGCGCCACGAAACGAUCACCCCUGAGUUGGAAGCGUGGCCCGAGUACAGCAAAAUGGGUCGGCUUCUACAAGGCAAUCCUACUUCUGGUCUACCUACACUUUUCUUGAUUGCCCCAGGGUCAGGAUAUCCAGGAUCAUACAUCAACCUUCCUCAACUUUACAGUGACUUGCCUGUAUAUACACUUGAGUCUCCCUUCCUGCAAUACCUCCCACCGAGUGGGUGGACUAUGGAGCGUGCAGCAUCCGUGUACAUCAAGGAGAUUCGCCGCAUCCAACCACGAGGACCAUACAUCUUUGGCGGGUGGUCCAUUGGGGGCAUGUAUUCGUACGAAGUUUCCCGUCAGUUGCUCGAAGAGGGUGAAACUAUCCUAGGGAUCCUUUUGAUUGACAGCCCCUGCCCCAAUGGCAUGCCUGGAAUGCCAUCGCCAACUAUGGAAGCGGUUGAACUCACCGGCUUGUAUGCCCCCAUCAAACGAGAGGGAUUGCCCGAUAUCGACAUGCCGCAGAAGCUCAAGGAACAUACUGUUGGUUCUUUGAAUGCGUUGAAAAAUUAUGUCCCCAAGCCGAUGAAGCAGACCCAAAAACCGCCUUAUGUGAUGCAGAUCUGGGCCAGCAAAGGAGAAUACGAUAAGCUGCCGCUUAAGGUCGCAGAAGCUACUCAGCUUUUGAUGGCCCAAAAGAAAAAUCCUGUCCCAAAUGGAAAGCCACUGUCGGUCACCAGAGACUGGCAAACCACGCCCCGAAGCUCUUUCGGCCCAUGUGGAUGGGAACGUCUUGUUCGUGACGUCGUGAUUCAUGUCGUUGAUGGUGAUCAUGAAUCAAUUAUGAGCCCUCCUCAAAUUGGUAUCACUGGAAAGCACCUACAAGAUGCAAUCAGAAAUAUUUUGGCGAUGGAAAGGUAG